AAUUUGUAUUUGUUGUUUCAAAAUAAAAGUUCAUCGCCUAUAUGAUUGUCUUGCAAAUACUAUAUAAGUUUUAAAUAUUACUUUUAAAUAUUUAAUUAUUAUUUUAAAUUGUAAAAAAAGAAUCAAUAUCAAUUUAAUAAUUGAUAUUAUUUCAGAUAUAAAUGUACUUUAGAAAUUCCGUUUAAAGAAUCGAUAAUAUUAUCCACGUUGGCAAUUUACAAAUAAUUAUCAAUAAAUCUGUAUGAUUGCAUUUAUUGUUAUUAAUAAAAUAAAAUGGCCAAAUUAAAAGGACACGAAAGAUCACAGAAAAGAGCAAGGAUAUUAAAUCACAGUGAUUCGGAUACGACGUCAAUUUCUAAGAUGCCUAUUUUCAAUACAUUUUUAACAAUUAUAUUAAUAGGAGUUGCUAUUUGGUUUAGUUAUAAAGGAUAUUUAGAAACUCGUGUUAAUACGCCAUAUAAUGUUGAGAAAUUAAUUAAUGAAGCCAAAUUAAAUAAUUCCGAGAGAUAUUGGGGUACAUAUAGAUCAGGCGUUUAUUUUGGAAUGAAAACUCGAGAUCCUUAUUCAUUGGUAACGGGUCUUAUGUGGUAUUUUCCACAUUUUUUACGACAAGGAGGAGAUGGACUAAGACAUUGGUGUGAACAAGGCGAUAAAUUAGAUCGGUACGCUUGGUUAGAGCACGAUGGAGAAACUUUUGGCGUACAGGAAAUAGUUGAUGGUGGCGCUAUUUUAACAACAUCGUUUGUAAAAAAGCCAGGUGGUAGACACGGUGGCGAUUGGACAGCGAGAAUUGGUGUUAAAUCAGAAAAAAAAGGUGAACGCGAUGGCGAAGAAAUUUCAUUUAUCUUUUAUACGGCAAUUGAGGAUAAAACAAAUGGCAAAAUAAGAGUAGUUUUAGGUGAUAAUCAACGUCUCACUGGAAUGGAGGGCAAUACUGAGGGUUUGGGAUUUUUUUCAAUUAAUCUCAAUAUACUUAAAGGUCAAGUGGAGGAACAUUCAUUUUUGGCAACUGUUGCGCCUGGUUUACAUGUUUUAAAAGAAAUGGUAUUACAAAAUUUUCGCGUUGCCACACAAAAAGGAACGAAUAAAAAACACAUUGUUCUUGGCGGUGAACAAUUGUCAUCCACUCACGAUGGAAGUAAAUUAAAUCCAAAUUUCAUUGCAACACAAAUAACGGGAAAAAUACCAUUUGAAUUUGAAAUUAGUUUUGAAUCGGGAAGUUUUAAUAAUCGUAGUGAAAAAUUAAUUGGUGAACAUUAUCAAAAAAUACUCAAUGAACGACGACAAAAGUUUAAUGAGAAAUUUGAGAAAAUUUUUCAACUUACCGCAAAGGGUUAUAAAGAAGAUGAAGUUAAUUUUGCAAAAAUGGCUUUUUCAAAUAUGAUGGGAUCAAUUGGAUAUUUUUAUGGUUCGGCACAGGUGAAAAGUGAUUAUACCAAAGAAUCGGUACCUUAUUGGAAAGCUGCUCUUUACACAGCCGUUCCGAGUCGAAGUUUUUUCCCCCGUGGUUUUCUUUGGGAUGAAGGCUUUCAUGGAUUACUUAUUUCUACAUGGAAUUUAAAUAUUGAAAUGGAUAUUAUGAGUCAUUGGUUUGAUUUAAUGAAUAUUGAAGGUUGGAUACCAAGGGAAAUGAUUCUUGGACAAGAAGCACUUGUCAAAGUACCAGAAGAAUUUGUCACUCAAGUUAAUACAAAUGCAAAUCCACCGACAUUUUUUCUCACAUUAAAAUAUAUUCUCAAUCAUAAUCGUAAUGAAUUAUUGAGAAAUCAUUAUUAUUUAUUGGAUAAACUUUAUCCUAGACUUCAGGCUUGGUUCAAUUGGUUUAAUACAACACAAAUUGGUGAUAUACCAGGAACAUAUCGUUGGCGAGGAAGAAAUAGUACAACAAAUCGUGAAUUAAAUCCAAAAACUCUAACAUCAGGAUUAGAUGAUUAUCCAAGAGCUUCACAUCCAAAUUUAGAUGAACGUCAUGUUGAUUUAAGAUGUUGGAUUGCACUCGCCGCUAAUGUAAUGUUUGAAAUUGCUGAUAUUCUACAUAAACCAAGCUCAAAAUAUUUAGAUACUUAUAAUUAUUUAACAGACAAUGAUUUAUUAAAUCAAUUACAUUGGUCGCCAAGGACACAAACAUUUGCCGAUUUUGGAUUACAUACUGAUAAAGUAAACCUCAAGAAACCAACACCAUCACCAAGAUCACAUCAAUCUUUGGAAAUGUCACGUAUUGUUUUAGAGGAUCCUAUUUUAAGAUUUGUCGAUAAUACAUUUGGUUAUGUUUCAUUAUUUCCAUUUAUUUUACAAAUCAUUGAACCAAAUUCAUCGCAAUUGGGAAAAAUUCUUGACGAUAUUGUUAAUCCUGAUUUAUUAUGGACUAAAUAUGGAUUGAGAUCAUUGGCAAAAAAUUCUCCACUUUAUAUGAAAUAUAAUACAGAGCAUGAUGCACCUUAUUGGCGUGGUGCUAUUUGGAUGAAUAUUAAUUAUCUUACUGCUAAAGCCUUACAUCAUUAUUCAAUAAUUGAAGGACCAAAUCAAGCAAAAGCAAAGGAUAUUUAUAAAAAUUUAAGGAAAAAUUUAAUUAAAAAUGUAAUUUCACAAUAUAAAAAAACGGGAUUCCUUUGGGAAAAUUAUGGUGACACUUAUGGAAAUGGAAAAGGUUGUCAUCCUUUCACUGGAUGGACUUCGUUAACAGUUUUACUUAUGUCUGAAAUUUAUUAAAUUGUCAUUUAAUAUUUUUAAAUUUCAAUUUUCUGACUCAAACAUUAUAAUUUUUUACUAUAUAUAAUAGAGAAAUUUCAUUAUUAAUUAAAAGACAUUAGAGUAAAGAAAAAAUAAUAAAACUGAUAAUAAUGAAAUUAAAAAAAAAAAUUAAUAAUAAUUAGUCAUAAAUAAUAGAAAACAAGAAUUUAAUAGCAAGAAUACUAGUAAUCAUAUCAAAAAUAAUUGAUAAUCUUGUAGACAUAUUGCAAUUAUUACAAAUCAAUUAAAUAUUUAUCAAAUAUGUAUAAAAAUUUUUAAACUCAUUUUAACGUAGAAUAAAGUUUUAAAAAAUUUCUAAUAUAAAAUUUUAAAAUACUUCUUGAAUUUUUAUUCUAUUUUUUUUUUUUUUGAAUGAAAUUAAAAAUUGGUAUGAUUGAGUCAGAAAAGGGCAUUAUCUAUAGAAAAAUAAUAUAGACAAUCUAAUGGCAAAGAUUCUAAAAUUUUAAGCCUCGAAUAUUGCUUCAAACUAUAUUUAUGAAUUUUUGAAAUAGUUUUUCAUAUAUUAACAUUUUAAAGGUAUAUUGCUAUUAAAAUAAAACUUUAUAGUAUAUAAUAUUUUAAAGAACGUACAAAACUAAAUUUCAAAAUGGCUAAUUAGUGUAAAUGUAGAAUAAUCUAUUGUGUAAAUGAUUUUUUUUUUAUUCUAUAAAAUUAAUUUAAUAAACUAUACCUGUACGCGCCUUGGCUGUGAUGCAUUAAUAUAUGUGAAUAACAGCAUUUAAUUUUAACAAUGACUUUAUAAACCUAAAUGUAUUCAAUUUAAAAAAAUUUCUAUACGAUACUAUUCUACUGUUCUAUAUCUAUUUCCGACUGUAUAAUAAAAUUAUUUAUUUUUAAGAAA